AUGUCCUACACUGGAGUGGCUAUUCUUGGCCUCAUGCGGGCCUGGGGCGCUGCCGAGAACAAGGUCACGUCUGGCUACAACUCCAAGUACAAGCCUUUUCCCAUCCCCGAUGACCCUCUCUUCACCAGCAAGGAUGUCUCUGUCGUUACCAUCCUCCUGAGCCCUCCUAAGAUCUUUGAGCUGUGCCUCAAGUCCUGGCUCAAGAACCAGCCCCGCGAGGUCAUUCUUGUCACUACCUUUGACUACUUCCAGGCUGUCCUCUCAGCCCUCGAGUCCUACGACCUGACCACCGCGGACCGCGCCAUCAUCAAGGUCUUCCAUCUCGAUGAGGGCGUCAAGGGCCACCGCUUCCAGCAAGCCAUGGGCUUCAAAGAGGCCACUGGCAAGAUCAUGGCUGUCACCGAUGACCAGAUCCUGUGGCCUGACAGCCUGCUGAAGAACUUACUCCCGUGUUUCGAGGACCCCAAGGUCGGUGCCGCUGGCGGCCCAAUCGGUGUUCAGAUCCCCGAGGAGCGCCGUGACAAGAACAUCGUCACGGCCUGGGAGGCUGCUGGUGCCAAGUUCCUCUUCGGUGGCCGUGGUGGUGGUAGCGCCAGCUGGGUCGCAUACAAGUGGACAUGGUGCCUGGCAGGUUGCACCUGGCUGGCCCGUACACCCAUCUUCCAGGACCCCGUAUUCAUCCAUGCCCUCACCACCGAGACCUGGGCCGGUCGCACCCUGAACGCAGGAUCCGACAACAUAAUCACUCGCUACCUGCUCCAGAAUGACCAUGUCAUCGCUUACCAGAACACCGAGGAUGCUACCGAGCGGAACACGCUGCAGAACUUUUUGAGGUUUCUCACCGAGGUCCCCCAGACCUACCGCCACCCUUACAUUCUCUAUGUCACUUUGAUGCGCCUGAUCCGGGUCCCGAUCGCCAUCAUUCACCUGGUUGGCUGGGCACUCGCCCUCAGGCAUCACCCAGCCAUUGCCUUGGGCUUCCUUACCUUCUAUGUCCGCAGUAUGGUCCCCACUUACCGCGCCUUCUGGGCCACAUACCCUUACAUGUUCAGUCUCCGCAACUUGCUGGCUGCUGUUGCCGUGGACUUCUCCCCCAUUCCCAUUGGUUUAUGGGGCAUCCUCACCAUCAAUACUGACAGCUGGGUUCACGGAGACGGCAUCACCGCCAGGAAGCAGCCGGGUAUCACCAAAAUGGCCACCGAGAGACUCGAGGCCUUUGCUCAGGCCACCAGUGAUGCUGCCGGUCAGGUCUUGGCUGGUGCGUGGGCAUCCACUACCGCACACGCCCGCACUGCAAGCCAGGUGCAAGCCGCUGUUCUGUCCGGCGAUCCCUGCCUCUCCAGCGGCAUCCCCAUGAAGCCGGGCCACAUCGAUGAGCAGAGCAAGGAGGCUCUUGUGACUCCCCACGGAGGAGGCCGAGCAGAGUGA